GCUGACUGGGCUUUAAAUUCGCUUUCCCUUCUCGAGUUCAAGGGCCGGUUAUGUGAGGAACUACAUUUCCCAUAAUGCCGUGUUUUGGUCUCUAUCCGCUCAGCUGUUAAAACAGUAGGUAAACAAACGGGGAGAGGAGAAGACAGCGCAAGCACCAGGGACUAAGCAGGCUGGGCUCUCGGGGACUCUUUUGUACCUGUUUUUUUAUUCAUUUUGUAUACUUUGUAGUAGAUUGUUUUCCUGAAGCACUUUUGAUAUUACGACAUCUGAGAUUUUAUUUCUGUCAAAUUGGACAGAAUUUGAUGUUACUAGCUUGCUAACGCUGUAGGAAAUAUCUCUAGUCUGCGAUAAAGCAAACUGAAACAAAACCACAUAGCAAGUGAAGCAUCCGAGGAAUAUUCAAUGCUACGCUUUCAGCCGUUUUCAUAGCGAUAGUUGUCACCGUGAUCACAUAUCAGACUCUCUAGAUUAAUUAAAAGGAUGACUGCUGUGCUCAAUAUCCAGAGGUUACUGGAAGCAGCUGAAUUUAUAGAAAGGAGAGACAGAGAAUGUGAACACGGAUAUGCCUCGACCUUUCCGUCUAUUCAGCACUCCAGCUACCAGAGACAAAGGAAAUUCCGAAAUAAAAAGUUCAACAACAACAGCAACCUCAACAGGUCUACACACAAUGAGCUGGAGAAAAAUCGGCGAGCCCAUCUCCGUCUGUGUUUGGAGCGUUUGAAGACUCUCAUCCCGCUGGGAACAGACAGCAGCCGUCACACCACACUUGGACUGCUCAACAAGGCCAAAGCACACAUAAAGAAACUGGAGGAAGUGGAGCGUAAGUCUCAGUAUCAGUUGGAUAACUUGGAGCGAGAGCAGCGUCACCUCCGGAGGCGUCUGGACCUGCUGCGGGGUGGCGGGGGCGUGCUCGAGGGAGAGAGGUUACGCACUGACAGCGUAGGUUCCACCGUCUGCUCCGAGCGAUCCGACCGCUUCGACUCAGACCAAGAUACAGAAGAGAUGGAGGUGGACGUGGAGGGCACAGAGUUCUCUCAAGGAGAGCUGGAUAGCGUCAGCACAGCCAGCACCAGCGAUCUGGACGACCACAGCAGUCUACAGAGCACUGCCAGCGAUGAGGGCUACUCCUCCUGCAGCAUCAAACUGGCCUUCAGCUCCUAAAACCAGCUCCACUUCACAUGCACACGCACACACACACACACACACUAUCCCAGCCCUCAAAAUGAGUCCUGCCUCCUCGCCACCUAUCCCUCCUUGACCAAUCAGAGACUCUUAUUUAAGUCUGGUGACCAGAACACAGCCCGCCUGCCCUGAGGAAAACGCCUGAUUUGUUGUUUUAUGUUCGUGAAUGUAUCCGAUAUUAAAUGAAUGAGAUAGAAACAAUCUGUGAUUGUGAUUAAAAUAAGUUUUAAGAUGGUUUUAUCCCAGAUGAAAGAUUCUAUGAAGCAUUAAACUGAUAAUUGUCAGUAUAGAAACCCCUUUUUUUCCCAAAUGUAAAGCUGAAUUGUAUAUAUAAAAAAAAAAAUAUUUGUUGAUUCUUUACAUGAACGGGUUGUGAGCUGGUCACUAGUGAAACAUUCGUCAAAACCUACGAUUCAUAUCAACACAAGUAACCCCAUAACUGGUUUUCUUUUCGUCUGGUAUAAUGUUUUUGUUUUUACAUCGCUGCUCAACUGCGACAAAGACUGUAAAUGGUGCUACGUGACAAAACCAACAAAGCAGAAAAAUCUGCUGUGUUUCAUCAAAGACAAAGGAAAAACAGCAAUCCCAUGGCUGUGGGAAUAUUGGUGCAUUUAGAAUGUGGAAAUAAUUUCCACGCAGCAGCUAAAACCAAGCGAUCUUGCACUUGACUGCGUAGAGCACUCCAUAGAACCGAUGCCACGUCAGAGAAUACCCACCCCCAUGUUUACAUAGAUGUUUCUUCUGGCAGUAAUAAGCAAUAAAGUCCUAUAGACAAAAUCAACACAUUAGCACUCCAACUUCUGAGACACAAUCCUUGUGUCCGUCCAAAAGAGCAAAGCCAACUUGCUCGCUUUUGUACAUAAAUACAAUAGUUUAAUAAAUUUAAAGUUAAAGUGAAAAACUGAGUUGAAAAGAAAUGGUUGUUACCCAUGGGUAGAACUAUUGCCUCUGUUGCUGUAUGUCUUGUGUUUUGUGCAUUUUAAAUGAUAUUUUUUGCAAAGAUUGACUAUCUUCCUCUGAAAGUCUUUCAUGGUGGCAUGGACAGUAUUAUUUGUUCAUUAUACUGGAUGAAACGUCAGUUAGUUUCAAUUCUGUGGCUGCCCGAGGAAUUUGAUGACUUUCUUGAAAAAAAUGCAAAUAAAGAACAAGAAAACCAACACGCUAAAGUACUUAAAAUCGAACACACAAGAACAAACAACGGAACGAGUGAACGCCAAAGCGUGGACCUCUAUUAAAGGCAUGCAAACUUUAAAGUGGCACUCUUUAUUUAUACUAUUUUGUUAAUAAUUUUAUUUGUUUUAAAGCUGAAAGGCAUUCCACUACUAGCAGGAUUAUUCUCAUAAAACCGGUCAAGAAAAUGUCCUGGUCACAUUUAACCCUAAAUAGUUAAAAAUGAAAAAAAAUAUUAAAGUGAAGCUGACAGUUAGGACCAUUACGAUUGAAUGCAUUGUGACAUCAUUUUCAAGACUCUUACCCCCCAGUUCUCAUUACCGUAAUGCGUUCAGAUGUUUUCUUUGACUAUUCCCAUUAAAAUUUUCAGUGAUGUUUCUCAUUACCGUAACACUUUCAUUUUUAAAGUAUUACAGUAAAAAAGAUGCUGUUGUACCAUGAUUUUUCAAAUUAAAAUACGCAAGGGAGUACUACAGUGAUGUAUAAACAAUGAAUAUAUCGCUUUUCCACAUUGUGGUAAUGAGAAUAUCGUAAUGACCAUCUUUUUUUGCAUUGCGGUAAUGAGAAUGGCAAGGUAAAAUGUGCGUAACUGUCAUAAAAUAGCGCCACAAUGCAACAAAUCUUAAUGGCCCAAAAAAAAUGUCUUUGCAAAAUUGAUUUCUUUUAAUUUUGGAGUAAAAUAGGACCAGGACAUUUUCCUGACAGGUUUCGUGAGAAUCGCGUGCCGUGGACAUGGAGUGAGCGGCGCGUGUGUGGCAAAAUCGGCACAAAUUUGCGUCAUGCUCAUCGAACUCCUGCUUCCCGCUGUACUGUAUGUUAACUCAUUUUUUAUUAUUAUUUCCUUUUGUGUGGGGUAAAAAUAGCAUUCAGAUUUUAGCCACUUUCCUCAAGUCAUAUUUAUUUUUACUCCUUGAUCCGGUAUCGGAGAAGAGGCUAAACGAUUUCUUUCGUGAGAUCUUUGACUGCAUUCCCCUCACCGUUCUUUUAAUGCUAAAGCUUGUGUAUCUCUAUUCCUAUGUUCUUACUCGCAACGUCUGUGAUUUCCCCCAAACGCAGAGCUGCUUUUUAGUGCGAAUGAAAGCCAGGUCUGAUCUGGAAUUGUUCUGCCUGUGAUGGAGCAGUUUGAACAUCUGCUCGCUUUCCAGAUACAGCGUCAACCAAAUGCUAUUGGCUGCUGAACGGCCCAUAUGUGUGGAGUAGUUGUACACCCUCCCAUUGUUAAGAGAGUUUUAGUAUUGAUGUUUUAGACUGAUGUGAACUUGUUGGUCAUGAGGAGACAUCUACACUGGACGGCCGGGUGUUCGAGUCUGAACGCGAUGCUCUUAACACCAGGCCAAACCACAGAAGAACACCUCUCUCUUGUUGCUUCUUUUAUUGUCACUCCUUUUCAUUUAUAAUGUUUUGUUGGAUUAUAAAUCUGCACUAUUUAAAGCCAGGGCCCAUACUGAGAUGCCAGUACUUCUUUUGUUUAUGAUGAGAAUGGCUCAUCAAUGUCUCUUUCAGGCCAUUUUAAGACUUCCAAGAGAUGUGGUGCUGGUCUGGGAUCAGCUUUCCCACUAAUCUCAGUCACUCCGAUAUGAGGAAAUUAAGCUAAACUGAUCCUGAAACAGCAUCUAUGUUUUGAGAUGCAUGGUGAAUAUGAGCCCUGUCGAGAGACUCGGGUAAAGGGGUCUAUUAAAAGUAAAGCUUUUCCACCCAGGGUGAACAGAGGUCCUGUUGAACUUGUGGCCGUUCUUUGUAAACAUUCACUCUGAUUCUAGCUACAAGUUCAAAUGCAAUACAUACAAUAAACACCAAGAUUGUCAAAAAAGA